AUUUUAUUUUGCCCUUUUAUGGUGCGUACAUCUUGUGUACAUCUUGUGUACAUGAGAUGUACACAUAUUAUUACUCCGCAGAUAUUAAAUGUACCGGUAUAAACAGUCUGCGUUGACACCUCACAUCCCAACGGUGUUCUUCGGCUCCAGAUCCCAAAAUUCAUGCAACUCUCUCGUAGUAAACAUUUUCUGCUCGGGAGACCACGAUAGCAUCUGAGAAGUCAUCGAUUUGAUCAACGAAAAAUGGCUGGAGGGGGCGCCGGAGCUUUUCUCACACGGGCAUUUGAGUCCAUGCUGAAGGAGUGCUCCAGUAAGAAGUACUCUUCACUCCAAACGGCAAUCCACAAAUGUUUAGUUGUUGUGAAGGCAUCAAAUCAGCAAGCUAUACACGAUGAGAGUAAUGUAGUGGUAUCUAAAGGGUCAGAACAGAGUAGUCUGCCUGAAGCUGAUGCUGGAUCAGGAACACCUCACUCAAUCCCAAAUUCCCCAAGCAAGACUAUCACUACUGCUCUAGCAAAUGCAGGCGAUACUCUAAGUGUAUCUGAGGCAGAGCUUGUUCUCAAUCCUAUUCGACUUGCUUUUGAGACAAAAAAUAUAAAAAUCACAGAGCUUGCUUUGGAUUGUCUUCAUAAACUCAUCGCGUACGAUCAUUUAGAGGGCGAUCUUGGUUUUGAUGAUAGGGUAAACAUGCCACUCUUUUCAGACAUCAUGGGCAUGGUCUGCAGUUGCGUUGAUAAUAUGUUACCGGAUGGAACUAUUCUUCAAGUUUUAAAAGUACUUCUUACGGCUGUGGCAUCAACCAAGUUCAGAGUUCAUGGGGAACCAUUGCUGGGUGUGAUUAGAGCAUGCUAUACUAUAGCUCUGAAGAGCAAAUCACCAAUUAACCAGGCAACAUCAAAAUCCAUGUUAACCCAAAUUUUAAGUAUGGUCUUUAAACGCAUGGAGGCUGGUUCCCUGCAAGUGUCUUCUACAGCAACUGUUCCUACCUUAAAGAUUGAGGAUGUGCCAUCUGAUGAUCAUAAUAAACAAGAAAGGAUGUUGGAAGAUAAAGGUUCUAGUAAUCAAACCAAGGAUGCAUUUGUCGUUGCUCUAGAGGAACUUUACAGUCUCGUGGGCGGGGUUGAUAUUAAGGGCUUAGAGGCUGUUUUUGAGAAAGCUGUGGAACUUGAAGAUGGGAAAUGUGCCGUAGGACGGAUGGAUUUAGAAAGCACUAACAUUGGACUACCUGAUGCGUUGAUUCUCUUUCACUCUCUUUGCAAGAUGGCUACAAAAGACAAAAAUGGCCAACCUGGAACUGAAACAUGCAUUCUUUCACUGGAGCUUUUGCAGGGUCUGCUGGAAGACGCCAGUGACUCAUUCACGCAUUUUAUUGGCUAUGUCAAAGCGCACAUCUCCUACACUUUGUUGCAAGCAUCACUCUCACAGACAACUGCCAUAUUUCAGUAUGCAACAGGAAUUUUCUCCAUACUUUUGUUACGAUACAGGCAAUGCCUUAAGGGUGAAAUUGGGGUUUUCUUUCCCUUGAUUGUCUUACGCACAUUGGGUGAACAUGACCUGAACUUAAAAAUAGGUGUUCUCAGGAUGCUUGAAAAAGUCUGUAAUGACUCACAGAUUCUUAUUGACCUAUAUGUGAACUAUGAUUGUGAGCUCAAAGCACCUAACUUGUUUGAACACAUGGUGAAAACAUUAUCUAGAAUUGCUCAAGGGGCACAAAGUACGGAUCUGGGCUCAUUUGCUUCAUCUCUGAUUGGUGCACUCAAGCUGUCAUCCCUUCAGUGUCUUGUGGCUGUGUUGAAGUCACUUGUUUGUUGGGUGAACUGUCAGAAAGAACCUCUAAUAGUAAAGGAGUCUCUUGAAGUAGGAUUAAGUGGAGGACAGGAUGAUGUAAGACGUAGUAAAACUUUACCAUGUGACUUUGAGAAGUUGAAGGCAUAUGAUUCUACCAUACAAGCAGCUGUCUCCGAAUUUAAUAGGCAACCAACUAAGGGGAUAGAAUAUCUGAUAUCAAGUAGGAAGGUGGACAGAUCGCCUGCUUCAGUUGCUCAAUUUCUCAAGAAUACUCCAAAUCUGGAUAAGGCCAUGAUCGGUGAGUACUUAGGCCAGCAUGAGGAGUUUCCAGCCGCUACCAUGCAUGCUUAUGUUGAAUCUAUAAAUUUUUCUGGAGUGAAGUUUGAUAUGGCCAUUAGGGAACUUCUUAGAGGAUUGCAACUUCCUAGAGAAGCUCAGAAAAUAGACCGCAUAAUGGAAAAGUUUGCAGAGUGUUACUGUGCGGCCAAUACCAAUCUAUUCAAGCAUGCAGAUACAGCUUAUGCUCUAGCAUAUAAAGUUUUACUGCUGAACAUUGAUGCCCAUAGCUCAAUUGUCUGGCAAAAGAUGUCAAAGGAUGAUUUCAUACACAUGAAUAACAUGCAAGAAACUGAUGAAUAUGCUCUUAAGGAACUAUUGGAGGAGAUUUAUGAUUCCAUUGUUGAAGAAGAAAUCAAAAUGGAGGAAAAAGUGCAACUGCUCAGUGUUCUUAAUCUAACUCCACCGUGGAAGAAGUAUUUGAUGGAGUCCAAGACCAAAAUGAAGCCUGUCAAUGCACAGAAACAAUCUAUUUUCAAGGAUCAAAGUGAGAUAAGAAGCGAGUUUUGUACUUCGUACAAUAUCGAAGUAGUGCGCUCUAUGGUUGAAGCUGUAGGAUGGCCACUUCUUGCUACUCUUGCGGUUAUUAUGGAGGAGGGAGAUAAUAGUCCAAGGGCCACUCUUUGUAUGGAAGGGUUUAAAAUUGGAAUUCACACCACAAAUAUUCUUGAUUUGGAUACCAUGCGUUGUGCCUUCUUGACAUCUCUGAUUAAACUUAGUAUGCUGCAUUCGCCGAAGGAUAUGAGAAAUAAGAAUCUGGAAGCAUUGCAGACUCUGCUGCUCUUAUGUGAUUCCGAUAACAAUGCACUUCGAGAUACAUGGUAUGCAGUGCUAGAGACUGUUUCUCGUCUUGAAUAUGUUGCAUCAUCUCCUUCUAUGGCUGCAAAUAUGAUGCAAGGAUCUAAUCAAAUGUCUCGAGAUUCCCUUCUUCAAUCAUUGAGAGAUCUGGCUGGAAAACCUGCUGAGAGGAUGUUCAUUAAUAGUGCUAAGUUGCCCAGUGAAUCAGCAGUGGAAUUUUUCACUGCUUUAUGUAAUGUUUCCAUUGAAGAACUAAGUCAGCUUCCAGCACGCUUAUUUAGCUUGGAAAAACUUGUUGACAUAAGCUACUACCACAUGCCUCGUAUAAGAAUGGUUUGGGCAAGGAUAUGGUCUGUGCUGGCAAGUCAUUUAAUUUAUACAGGAAGCCAUCCUGAUGAAAGAGUAAAUGUGUAUUCCAUAGAGUCACUUAAGCAGCUUGCCAUGAAGUGUUUGGAGCACACAGAAGUCACAAGUUUCAGAUUCCAGAAUGAUAUUUUGCAUCCAUUUGUGUCUCUUAUGCGUGACAGCAAUAGUGAAUCCACGAGGAAACGCAUUGUUGAUUGCAUAGUACAAAUAGUAAAGUCUAAGGCUGUGAACUUGACCUCUGGCUGGAAAAGUGUGUUUAUGGUUUUCACAGCUGCUGCAGAGGAUGCAAUAGAAACAAUUGUUGAAACUGCAUUUGAAAAUGUAGAACAAGUUAUCUUGGAACACUUUGAUCAGAUUGUUGGAAACUGUUUUGUGGACUGUGUCAGUUGCUUAAUCGGGUUUGCCAAAAAUAUGUGCUCUCACAGAAUAAGCCUGAAGGCAAUUGCACUCAUUCAUAUUUGUGAGGAUCGCCUUGCUGAGGGAUUCAUAGUAGGUGGUUCUUUGGAAUCAUACGAUACUAGUGCAGUUAAAAGCUAUCAUAUAAGAGAAGAUUAUUGGUUCCCAAUACUGGCUGGUCUCUCUGAUCUAACAUCUGAUCAGCGGCUAGAGGUUAAAAACUGUGCACUUGAGGUUUUGUUUGAUCUGUUGAACGAGAGGGGCAACAAGUUUUCAUCCUCAUUUUGGGAGAGUGUUUUCCGCCGUGUGUUAUUUCCCAUUUUUGAUCAUGUAAGGCAUGCUGAAAAAGAGAACUCAGAUUCCUGCAUAUAUGAAGGUGUUCGUGAAAAUAGCAUUCACUCACUUCGACUGCUGUGCAACCUUUUCAGCACCUUUUACGAGGCUGUUGCUUUUAUGCUGCCCCCGCUUCUCAGUUUGCUGUUAGAUUGUGCCAAAAAGACUGAUCAGCAAGUGGUUUCGGUCUCUUUGGGUGCACUAGUCCAUCUGAUUGAAGUAGGUGGACCUCAGUUUAGUCAAAGCGACUGGGACACCUUGUUGCAAAGCAUAAGUGAUGCAUCGUACACGACAAAGCCUCUUGAACUGCUCAAUGACUUGGUGUUACGGAAGGAAAAUGAUCAGACCAUGUCAAUUAUAGGUUCAAGUUCCUCUUCACCACAGAGUGAGACCAACUUUUCUGAUUUUUCUGUAAAGUCUCAAAAUGCAUUACGCAUGCAUGAAGACAAUCAGGUGAAGAAGCACAAUGAUUUGGAAGAAAUUGACGGGAUGCCUUCACCUUCUGGAAGAGCUUUGGAACCCACUGCUUCUGAAGGUCAAACAAUAGGUCAGAAAAUUAUGGGAAAUAUGAUGGACAAUCUAUUUAUCAAAAAAUUUACCUCUAGAUCCAAAGAGAGGAGUGAAGUUUUAAUGCCUCCACCAAAGACUUCUGAAAAUCUGAAGCCAGAUGCAAGCCAUGAGGAUGAAAGUUCAGCGUUGGCAACAGUUAGGAGCAAAUGCAUCACACAAUUACUGAUUCUUGGUGCUCUUGAUAGUAUUCAGAAAAAGUAUUGGAACAAGUUGAAGGCAGCUCAGAAGAUCUUUCUAAUGGACAUUUUAUUAUCUCUGGUAGAGUUUGCAGCAUCAUAUAAUUCAUAUUCAAGUCUCAGAUUACGAACACACCAACUUGCUGCCAAAAGGCCUCCAUUGAAUAUCAUCCGCCAGGAGUUAGCAGGAACUUCCAUAUACCUUGAAAUGUUACAUAAGGCAACUGCAGAAAUUAAUGCUGAAAAAGAUGAAAUGCAUGAGGAGACCAGUAUAUCUCGAAAUAUAGAUCAUUUGGCAAGAAGUGAUCAUGAAACGUCUAAAGUGGAAAUUGAAGAAGAUGAUAUUCAUGGAAUAGCAGAACAGAAGCUAGUGUCAUUUUGUGGAAAGGUUCUGAGGGAGGCGUCUGACUUCCAAUUCAGCAUGGGGGGUGGCAUUAGUACAGAAGCCCAUCAAGUUCUUGAACUACGUUCCACCGUCAUCGUCAAGGUACUAAAGGGUAUGUCGCAUAUGAACAGCCAAGUUUUCAGGAAUCAUCUCAAAGAGUUUUAUCCUUUGAUUACUAGCCUGAUGUGCUGUGACCAGAUGGAUGUACGUGGAGCUCUUGCCGAUUUAUUAAACAUGCAAGUUAAAGCGCUGUUGAUGUAAACUAGCUCAAGCUGGUAUUUGAAGGACAGCAAGAGAUGGAAAUGAAUGUUGGUUAUUUUUUAGCAUAUACUAGGAAUAGUAUAUGCUAAUCUUUUGAGCUCCAGAAUAGUGUUGUUCAUUCAGAUUUUGAACUCCAGAAUAGUGUUGUUCAUUCAGAUUUUGAUGAGCUAAUCUUUUGACCUUAUAUGAACCUUUCUGGAAAUAUCAACAUUCUUAUUAUACAGAAUAAAAUCUACUCUUUUUUCACAUUAAUUAAUAUAGGACUCGCG